CAAGACUGUGCGUGGAGGCAAGCCCCACCAGUAACCAUCUGGCCGAUGGACAAAAAGAGUAAAUGUUGCACCCAAUACCUCCUGGUGUCAAAGCGUGGUGGAUGAACUCAGCAGCAGGGUAGAAAAAAGGUGACAGGUCAAAUGUUGGCAGGCCGUUUGCUGGGACGCCGUAGUAUUUCACGGUGGUUCCAUAGAAGUCAUCACUGCCCUUACAGCACAGUUUCCCAUGCGUCGCGUUCAGCACAUGAGUGAUGCCCAGCUGCCAGAGCCCGAGCUUGUCAUGAAACAUAAACCUGACAGAAAAACAACAUUUGAUGCACAAUUUCAGACACAUAUAUGUGAAUUUAAAUAAGGCACAGGAUACUCACAUGUCCCCCAGAUACAGGUUCGGCGACAGGAGCGAGGAGCUGAAUGUAAAACCUCCUCCAGCUCCUCGAGAGACGGGAUCUCCCACGUCCUCUUUGGAUCCUCUGUCGCACACUUUUCCUCCUCUUCUGGAUUAGUCUCGCUGACGUUUCUCUGCUCAGAGUCUUCACAUCUCACCUCAGAGAUUGGUUCUGCCAUUUCCAACUUUAUGGGGUGUAAACUUCUCUGUUAUUUCCCUAAAACUAAAUCCUGCUGCUCUCUGUUGCCUUUGCUUUGGCGGCUGCAGCCUCUCUUGACUGUCAUAAACAGGCGGUGCAGUUUGGCACAGGCUUUUAGUCAAACUCUCCGUCAUGAAAAUGGUUUUAUAAUUACAUUACUUGCAUCACAUCACAUCACUGCUUAUGCGAGUGCUGUCAAAUUCAAACCAAAUAGUCCAUGAAAUCCACAUUUUUUCUUUUAAAUCUAGAGAAACAUUACCUGUAAACAAAUCCUACUUUUACCUAAAAGUGUCCAGCAGAUGUCAGUGUGCUUUUAUUAGAUGCCCUGCUUGAGCCCAGCAGCUCUUCUUUACUGGUGUUGUUUAUUAUUGUCUUUUCCUGUUUGGGGUUGCCUAGUUGUCAGAAGCAUGUUGGCCAUGAAAAACCCAGCUUAUCUUCACCCUCUGCCAGCACAGUGACAGUGGAUUUAUGUGGCAUGGCAACACCAGAGGACAGUGCGAGUGCCUGGAGCUGUAAGCAGGUGGCCCAGUGGCUGCAGGAAGAAGGUUUCGGGGAGUAUGUGGAGUUAUUAUGCGCCCAGCACCGCCUGGACGGCCCCAGCCUGCUGGCUCUGACUGAGGCCGACCUGCGCGGGCCUCCGCUGGGCCUCACCGUGCUGGGAGACAUUAAGAGGCUGACCAUAGCCCUCCGUCGGCUCCAGAGAAGGAACCAGGCUCAGCUGGAGGAGCUGGGUCUCCGACCUGUAGACAGUCUCCCUGCUGAGCUCUCGCUGGGUGCCGCAGGGGGCGAGUGGAGCUUUGACAGAGCUGACAGGAGGUAUAACAGAGGUGAUCACGUGUGUAACGGGACAGAUCUGAGGUUGAGGAACGGUGACAGAUCUGGUUAUGGUUCAGGAGCUGCUGCUCAUACACACUCCAAUGGGAGGUAUAGGCAGCACCUGGCAGGCAGGUUGGACCCAGAGGUAUGGAAGACAAUCAUCAGCUCCAUAUACGUCUUUUUUGUGUUUGGAUUCACAUCUUUUAUCAUGGUCAUCGUACAUGAGCGUGUCCCGGACAUGAGGACGUACCCACCACUGCCUGACAUAUUUCUGGACAGUGUUCCCAGAAUCCCUUGGGCUUUUGCUAUGGCUGAAGCCUGUGGCCUCAUCCUGUGUUACAUGUUUAUGUUGAUUCUGCUCCUCCACAAACACAGGUCUAUUCUCUUCAGACGGCUGUGUUCUUUGAUGGGAACUGUCUUUUUGCUUCGUUGUUGCACCAUGUUUGUCACCUCGCUGUCUGUGCCUGGGCACCACCUGAAGUGUGCCAGUAAGACGUACAGUGAUUCCUGGGGAAAGAUGCAGAGAGCACUGCUGAUCUGGAGUGGAUUUGGGAUGACUCUGACAGGCGUCCAAACGUGUGGAGACUACAUGUUCAGUGGACACACUGUUGUCAUCACUUUGCUCAACUUUUUUGUGACUGAAUACACUCCACGAUCCUGGAAUCUGAUUCACACCAUCUCCUGGGUUUUAAACCUGUUUGGGAUUUUCUUCAUCCUGGCGGCUCACGAGCACUACUCCAUCGACGUGUUCAUCGCCUUCUACAUCACCACCCGCCUCUUCCUCUACUACCACACAUUAGCCAACACCCGGGCCUUCCAGCAGAGCCGGAGGGCGCGCAUUUGGUUCCCCAUGUUCUCUUUCUUUGAGUGCAAUGUGAACGGACCUGUCCCCAACCAGUAUCACUGGCCCUUUAACAAACCUGCGUACAUGAAAACUCUGAUUGGAUAGAGUCUGCUUUCAAAAUGCAGCAGCUGCAAUGCGCAUGGACUCUAAUAUUAAAGCCUAAAUGAGAGACUUUUUACCUAAAAUGCUGCUUCCUAUCUUUGGAUGGUUAUCCGUUUAUUAUGUGGGAGUUUUUUCCCCUAAUUUGUACAACUGGACGAUUUUUAUUUUGUAAACUAAUCUUAUACUAGUUUGACAUUUUUGGGAAUAUGCUUAUUUGCUUUCUUGUACACUAAAUGUGAUGCUGUAGCCAGCAGCUGUUAUCUUAAUUUAGCAUAAAGACUGGAGCCGGAUUAUUGGGCCUCAGAGCUACAAGGUACGCAUCGUUUUCUUGGAGAUUUAUUUGCCUUUUGAUUAAUCACUUUCAUCGUUCCUGUUUCACUUUGGGGAUGUUGAAGGUUCACUGGUGGUUGUUCGCCUCUCACAGGCUUCACACAGCUGAAAUGCAGGUUGAUAAUGUAGUUGGCACUUUUUGGGAAUCGUCGUGGUGACAGUUUACAUGUUUUAUUGCAAGAGAUUUGACACCGGUGUGGUAACUUAAACCAAAGGAGCAACAUUUGCUUUUCAGUUACGCUUUACAACUUGAAGUCUUUGUUGUAUUUCAUAAUGUCACCACUGGGAUAGUGUAACUUCCCAGUUGAACUCAACCAAAUAUUUAUUGUAAUGUUCAAUUUUGCCAAUAAGGCAUUUAGUAUGAUUAUUUCGUCAUCCUAAUUUGAUACUGUUUUAUGUUUUUAUUACAUUUUGAUGCUUCUGUAAUGAGUAUAGAAAUGUGUGAAGAUGGAUUUUGUUGAAGGUCUAUUGUUGAGAGUUUUACGCUGCUGCACAGUACAAAGACUGGAUUUUUGGACAACACAUUAGUAUUUUGUUUCCUAUGUCAUGGUUGAUCCAAACUUUAUUUUUUUAAUCAUUGUUUACAAUUUGUGGCUUUAUUUGCAAUGCAAGUAAUCUAUCUCUGCCUUUUGGCUCAGCAAUAAAAGUUUACAGACAAGGGAAACUGUUUUUAUAUUUCAGACUGAAUUGUUUCCUUGCCUGCUUUUUCACUAAUGUGUUUCUUUUUGCAUUUGUUAAAUAAAAUCAAUUAUAUGUAUUAU